AUGAGUCUGCUUUCCAGUCGCAUGCUCCGGCUUCCGCGAGAAGACGGCAGUAAGACUGCUCGUCCUGGCCCAAGGUGCUUCACUUCAGCCUACGAGUUGGAAGGUCUUACUCUGAGCGAUUUGUGCAGCAAGCGCUUCACAGAAGGACAACAGAAAGGCAUUUCAGAUAUAUGCCUGUAUCCUAUCACAACGCAUUCCAAGGCCGUGCUGUUCUGCAGACACAGCCCAAAUUUCAGUUAUGGGUGGUUCUAUAUAGUGAAUGACUGGGUGAAUACCCUCCCUUUCAUUUGUUUCGCCGUCGGUGCUAGCGAAUAUGUUGACCACUCGAAUCAGCACCGCAGUUUUACUUCAUCGCCUCAGAAGAUGGAACGAGUUAAUGCCAGAGAUGAGCAUUCGAGUGAUAUUGAUUCCUUAUCCAACGCGAGAACCACCAAGACUACCAAGAAGCCUUUCAAUCUAGAACAAUACGACUCCAUCGAAGCUCGGACAAAUCGCGCAAAUAUAUCACAAAGGCCAACCGAACUGUCUCGACAGCGUGCCGACAAAGAGGCCCAAUGUGGACAUCAAACAUAUGACGCUGUUAACACUCGUGUGGUAUACAAUGCCAGCUCUAAACCUUGUAGCGAUGGACAAAGCCCAGUACCGUUUCCUGGAACUGGCUCUGACAGACAACGGAAUAACCAAAGGGUCGAGUUAGGUGUCCAUGUACUCGACUUAACAUAUACGGAGCAAAGCACUUUGGGACUAAACAGAAAAUCAGUCAAGACGUCGAGCCCGCUUUUCAAAUUUAUCAGCUUCAUCGCAUCGCGACAGUUCGAUCAAUAUCGUCAAUACAUAUUCGAUCAGCACAUUCUCAAGUCGACUGGUUCGCUAACUUUCCUCUCUAGAAAAUUAAUGGGCUUGCUGUUCCGGAACGAGAUCGCAGGUAGAGGCGCAUCAAGCCUGUACAUUGCACCCCUCGAGUGCUCGAGCUACAGUCUUGGGGACGACGCAGCCUCGCCGAAGCCAGUCACCCGGAAACCCACACCCGCUGCGCCAACCGCAAGUUCGCCAAUAGUUACCAGCUUCUCCAGAGAAACAGUCAGCAAUAAGCCUUCCAAUGACGCCAGAAGCUGGGAAACAACCACCUCCCAAGCGACACCGACACCCAAGCCCUCCAAUGCCGGCUACAAGCAAAUACAAUACAAAAUCGUUGGGUACCAAGGAGAUGGGCUGGAAGCGCCAAUCGUAUCAACUCGACCAGCAGGACGCCCACCCUCUAACACCAUUUACCAGAUCUACGUCGGGAUUGCGGAUGAGACCGAGGAGGAAAGCGAGCACUACGCGGUGGUCGUGCGGACCCCGCCUCACUUCGCAGACCCCAUGGGCGACUGCGCCUGGUACCACUGCAUAGGAUGGGGGAUCGAGGAAACGAACCACUACCGUCGAGUUGUGGAUGAGCCGCAACCUUUCAAAUCGUCCUACCUCAAGCGCCGGAUCGGAGUGGGCAUAAUGACCGAGGCGCAGCGGCAGGAUUUCCGCCGUGCCUUCCGGCAGACGCCCCCUCAGUCAAGUGAAUUCUUUUGUAUACAUUUCAUGCGGAAGCUGGUUAAGACUGGAAUCAUACAACCCUACCAGAUCCAGCAGAUUGAGUCCGAGGUUGGUGAGCCUCCUGCGGAGCUUGAGUGGGAUCCUGACUACUGUGAUUCGCCGGAUUUUGGGCCUGAGACUUUGGACUAUGAGGGAAAUAUUCCAAUUUUUGAGAUGGAGGAUAUCGAUAGAGUUUAA